GGGUGAAGCAAAAAGGCUCUCCAGUUGCUGGUGUACGGUGGUUCGAAUCCAUGGAUUCAACGAAUAGAAACAUGCCUUUUUGGGUUGCGGAUGAACAACAGUCGAGCUCUCUGACGUUGGGAGAGCGGAUCUGUGUGGCGUUCAUCCCAGUUGUUUUGGUGGUCGAGUUCGUGAUUUCGAAAAUGGCUAAUUGCUUCAAUUACCAGCCUCGCCUCAAGAAAUGCAGCUAUGGGUUCUCAGAUAUUACCCGUCUUGCCAAUGAAUCUCGAUUUACAGUGAAUGAAGUGGAGGCAUUGUACCAACUAUUCAAGAAAUUGAGCAGCUCAAUUAUCGAUGAUGGGUCGAUUCACAAGGAAGAGCUUCUGUUGGCAUUGUUCCAAACUCCAUAUGGAGAGAAUCUUUUCCUUGACAGGGUUUUUGAUCUUUUUGAUGAAAAGAAGGAUGGUGUGAUCGAAUUCGACGAAUUCGUCCAUGCGCUCAACAUAUUUCAUCCAUGCUCCCCUGUAGAAGAUAAGAUUGAUUUUGCAUUUAGGUUGUAUGAUCUGAGACAAACCGGGUUUAUCGAACGGGAAGAAGUCAAGCAAAUGGUAGUUGCCCUUUUGAUGGAAUCCGACAUGAAACUGUCGGAUGACCUUAUCGAGUCUAUCAUCGACCAAACAUUUGCCGAUAUCGAUGCCGACAAAGAUGGUCGAAUCAGCAAAGAAGAAUGGAAAGCAUUCGUACUUCGACGUCCUGGCCUCUUGAGGAACAUGACUCUUCCUCAUUUAAAGGACAUUACUACCACAUUUCCCAGUUUUGUUAAUUACACUGAAGUUGAAGAACUGUAACAUGGAGGGAUUUUAGACUGAUUUUGAUAUACGCUUUCAGUAUAGCUACUGAUAUGCUGUG